GGUCCUUGGGGCCUACCAGUAUUGGGCUACCUGCCCUUUCUGGGGCAAAAGAGGAAUCUUACAUUCAGUAAUCUGUCCAAAAAAUAUGGAGAAAUAUUUCAGCUGAAAAUAGGUAGUCGAAAAGUUGUGAUCAGUGGAGAGAAAGCUAUUCGAGAGGCUCUCUUGGAUCGUGGAACUACCUUCGCUGGAAAACCCGAUUUUUACUCGUAUGCUAAAAACGAUGCGUUUGCGUUCUAUGAUUUUACUCCCAAAUACCGUGCGUGUAUAAUGAACGAAUUCUUUAAAUCGCAGCAAACAGAGUUUCAGGGUAUUGCACAGAAUGCUGCUACGAUGUUUGUUCUUUUUUUCCGUGUGACAUGUACUAUUAUAGGCUAUGUUUGCUUUCAUAAGCAAUUUGAUGCGAAUGACAAGGAUGUCACUGCUAUUCUUGAGCUAGGAAAGCAGUUUGGAAACUUUAUCAUUUUUGGAGUGAUCUGUGACUACUUGCCUUGGGCGAAAGUCCUUUUGAAAACAAAGCUGAAAAAGUUUGAAGCGUUUUCUAAAGAGUUGGCAGAUUAUUCUGACAAAAUUUUUCAGAUUCAAAGCGAAGAGGGUACUGGUAAUUCUAUGAUUGACAUCUUCAACCGAGUAUAUGAAAAAACAACAGACAAUGAAACUACUUCGUUCAAAUUUGAUGAGCCUACAGUGAGAAAACAAGUGUCUUCCUUGUUUGGUGCUGGAUUUGCAACUACUGCAGUUACACUGAAAUACAGUUUGAUGAUGAUGGCUCUCUAUCCUGAUGUUCAGAAACUUCAUGAAGAGCUUGAUCGUGUGGUGGGUAAGAAUCGUUAUCCGGAAUUUACUGACAAAGACGAUUUGCCUUACACUAUGGCUGUAAUGUCCGAGAUCUUUGGUUGAUCUCGGACAUUAAUCAUGAGUGCUCUGAGUCUGACACAUACAACUACUUGUGAUACUGAGUUUCAUGGAUAUAUAUACUCACUUGCUAAACACACUCCAGUUAUUUAACUACUACUCCAUCAAUCGAGGUGGUGAUGUCUUUAAGAAUGCUGACAAGUUUGAUCCUGAG